AUGCCCGGUCGAAUGCUGCCGACGCUGACCCAGGCGGAGGUCGAGUCGCAUAAAACCGAGAAGUCCUGCUAUGUCACCCUCGGCACGAAUGUCUACGACAUCACCGACUUCCUCGAUUCUCAUCCCGGCGGGCCCGAGCUCAUCCUGGAGUACGCCGGCAAGGAUGUCACCCAUAUCCUCAAGGACGAGGACUCCCACACCCACUCCGAAUCCGCCUACGAGAUCCUAGACGAGUCUCUCGUCGCAUUCCUCGUUAACGAGAAGAUCGCCCCGAAUGGAGACGUGCAGAGGAAGAUCAACGACUCGCAGAUCAACGACGAGGUUACACCCUUGAUCCACCCGCGAACCGGCAUGUCCUGCGAGGAAGAUCUGAGCAGGGAGACCGACAUCAGCAACGACUACAAGCAACACAAGUUCCUCGACCUGAACAGGCCGUUGUUGAUGCAAGUGUGGAAUGGAGGCUUCAGCAAAGAAUUCUAUUUGGAUCAGGUCCACAGACCGAGGCAUUACAAAGGAGGCGCAUCGGCCCCGUUGUUUGGGAACUUCCUCGAGCCGCUCAGUCUGACACCCUGGUGGGUGGUCCCUAUGGUGUGGCUCCCAGCAAUCGCCUAUGGUAGCUACCUGGCGUUCCAAGGCUUCGACAAUCCGGCCCUGUUCGCUGUGAGCUGGCUUCUGGGUAUCGGCGUAUGGUCUCUGGUGGAAUACGUCCUCCACCGAUUCCUCUUCCAUCUGGACUACUAUCUUCCGGACAACCGGGCAGCCAUUACUCUGCAUUUCUUGCUCCACGGUGUUCACCACUACCUGCCGAUGGACAGGUACCGCCUGGUGAUGCCGCCCACGCUCUUCGUGGUGCUCGCGACCCCAUUUUGGAAGUUGGCGCACACUUUGUUCUACUGGAACUGGCAUCUGGCUACUGCCAUCUACUGUGGCGGCAUCUUCGGAUACGUCUGCUACGACCUGACACACUACUUCCUCCACCACCAGAACCUUCCUCUCUGGUACAAGGACCUCAAGAAGUACCAUCUUGCGCACCACUUCCUAGACUACGAGCUCGGCUUCGGAGUGACCAGUCGCUUCUGGGACCAGGUCUUUGGCACUGAGCUAGUGACUGUGGUCAAGGCUAAAUGA